AAAACACCCGGAAGAGAGCAAUGGCUCUUGCAUUGCAAAUCUCCAUCACAAGAGUGCCUGUGACCUGAAUUUAAUAAGGAAUAAUGUGAUUCUCGAAGAUAAAGAUCCAUGCAAUAGUUCUAGAUCUAUAUUCUUGUUUGAAGAGCAUCUUGAAGUACAGAGAUCACCUAGUUCUACACCAAGAUGGCUUCAAUAAUGGUGAAUGGGGGGCCUCCAACCCCUGAUCUUGUGGAAAUAAUGAGGCUGCUUGAGAUGGGUCUUGUCACCACCAUCUUUUUUUAUCGCAAACGCCCGGAGAGGAAAACUCUGAAGGUUAAACUCGAGAGCAGGCAGUUAAUGUGGAUUAAAACUCAAGCUGGACGCCCUGAAGGUGUAGCAAGUUUAAGAGAUGUAAAAGAAUUUCGCUGUGGCAAAAAUUCAAGAGAUUUUGAAAAAUGGCCAGAAGAAGCCAAAAAGGUUGACAGUCGCAUCACAUUUACUAUAUAUUAUGGGAAUGAUUUCAAGUUGAAGUCACUUUCAGUUGUUGCCAAUGAUGCUAAUGAGUUUGGUAUGUGGCGUAAAGGUUUAGACUACUUGGUAAAAGAGUCCAAAGAAGCCAGCUAUCAGCUGCAGGUGGAAAGAUGGCUACGUAAAGAAUUUUAUCUGAUGGAGAAAUAUGGUUCAUAUAUACUGACGUUGAAAAACUUGAAGGCCUGGCUGCCCAGAAUAAAUUUCAAGAUGCCAACCAAUCGAUUGCGAGAAAGGUUUCAGGAGUUUGACACUGAGAGUAAAGGAGAAAUUAACUUUGAACAGUUCUCUGCCCUCUACAAUAAGUUAAUCCAUGUAACUUCUAUUAUAGACGACAAUUUUAGCAAGUAUUUUGAAGUGUAUGGAGAGGACAAGAGAAUGAGAGCAGAGAGUUUUCAACUGUUUUUACUUGAAGAACAAAAGGAAACCAAAGCUAAUGAUUUAUCGUAUGUGAAGGAACUUAUGCUGGGUUUUCUAGAGGAUCCAGUCAGAGCGGCACGAGGAACUUACUUUACUCAGCAAGAGUUUGAGAAGUACCUGUUCUCCAAUCACAACCCAUUGUAUGAUAGCAAGUUUGAAAGUGUGACUCAAGACAUGAACCAACCUUUAACCUCCUAUUGGAUAGCUUCAUCCCAUAACACAUACUUAACAGGGGACCAGUUGUAUAGCAGUUCAUCGCCUGAAGCUUAUGCCAGAGCUUUAAGAAUGGGUUGCCGGUGUAUUGAGUUGGACUGCUGGGACGGCCCUGAUGGAUACCCCAAUAUAUACCACGGUCACACGCUCACCUCCAAAAUAAAAUUUUUAGAUGUCCUCAAAACCAUCCAUGAUCACGCUUGGGAUACUUCUGAGUAUCCUCUUAUUAUAUCAAUUGAGAACCAUUGUAACCUCAGCCAGCAGAGAAAUAUGGCUAUAGCAUUCAGGGAGACUUUUGGUGACAAACUUCUUAUGGAGCCUCUGCAGAAAGAUGCAGUGUUGAUGCCAUCACCAAAUGAACUCAGAUUCAAGAUUAUCUUAAAGCAUAAGAAAUUACCUGAAUGGGUUGAUGACAAUGAAUGGCGCUAUGCAGUAUCCUCUGAAGACAGUGGCACCUUGGAACCUGAUCUCAGUUCAUCUGUAAAAAAUGGAAUUUUAUAUUUGGAAGACCAGAAUGAAGGAACUUGGCAUCCUCAUUUCUUUGUGUUGUCUGGAAGCAAAUUAUUUUAUGCAGAGGAGACUCCAACAGAACAGGAUGAUGAUGAGGAUGAUGAGGGUUCAGUAGAGGGCCGUCCUGUUGAUGAGCUUCACUACAGUGAGAAAUGGUUUCAUGGCAGAUUGGAAGGAGGGCGAAAACGGGCUGAAGAGUUGCUUCGGCAGUACAGCUACCUGGGAGAUGGUACAUUUUUAGUCCGGGAAAGUGACACAUUUGUUGGAGAUUUCUCUCUUUCAUUCUGGAGACAGGGUCGUGUGAACCACUGCCGUAUCAAGUCCAGGCAGGACAGAGGCCAGGUCAAGUAUUAUUUGAUAGACGCUGUAACUUUUGACAGUCUGUAUCACCUCAUUGUGCACUAUCGUCAGUUCCCGUUGAGAAGUUCAGAUUUUACUCAAGUCUUGAAGGAACCAGUUCCUCAGCCUCAAAGUCAUGAAGGGAAACCAUGGUAUCAUAAAGAAAUGAGCAGAGGGGAAGCAGAAGAGUUGUUGAAGAGAAUACCAAAAGAUGGAGCUUUUCUGGUCAGACACAGCGUUCAGGAUCAGCAAUCUUAUGCUAUAUCUUUCAGGGCUGAGGGUAAAAUCAAACAUUGCCGUAUCAAGCUUGAAGGCAGGUUGUUCCUCAUUGGUAAUGCCCAGUUCGAGUCUCUUUGUGAACUAGUUCAGUACUAUGAGCACACACCCCUGUAUAAAAAAAUGAAACUCCGGCAGCCAGUAAACCACCAGCUGGUGGAGAUGACCAAUAUGACUCCAGAUGAUACUGGUAUCUAUGGGGCCCCUGACUUGUAUAUAAACCCUAAUGACUUCACCACAAAGCCGCCAGAUGAAAGUGAUAUUUAUGACUCUGGCAUUUAUCACCAACCUAAUGAUUUUGUCAGUAAGUCUCCAUCCAUAAAGAGUUCGUCUUCACUCAAACUGAAGUUUCGUCUGACACGUUUGCGAGUGAAAGCACUUCAUGAUUACAGUGCCAAUCGCAGUGAUGAACUGUCUUUCUGUAAAGAUGCAAUCAUAACAAAUGUUAGCAAACAAGAUGGUGGAUGGUGGCGUGGUGACUAUGGGUCCAAGAAGCAGCUUUGGUUUCCUGCCAACUAUGUUGAAGAGAUUGACACACAGGCUGAGAACCCAGCAGAGUCAAACCCACUUGGAGUUCUACAACAAGGAGCCAUAGAUGUUCAAGGAUGUAUUAUAGAUGUACUACAACCCCGGGGUAACAGAUUCUUGUUCAGAAUAGCACCAAUCAAAAACAGUCCGACCAUUGAAAUAGCUGUGGACUCGGAGGAGGAUAUGAAAGACUGGAUUGAGAAGAUCUCUAUAUCAUCAUCUACAGCUCUGCAGAGGUUCAAAUUGCAGACCACCGGACAGAAACAACUGGAGAGGACGAUGAGGAUUGCAAGGGAGUUUUCAGAUUUGAUUGUGUACUGUCGAGCUGUGCCUUUUAAUCCUGAUGAGAUCCCUGGACCCUAUUAUGAGAUGUCAUCAUUUCCAGAGACGAAGGUGGAGAAGUGGGUCAACAAACACAGAGCUAAACAAUUUAUAGCCUACCAUAGAAAACAGCUGAGUCGUGUGUAUCCCAAAGGUCAGAGGGUAGACUCGUCCAACUAUGAUCCAGUUCCGAUUUGGAAUUGUGGGUCCCAAAUGUUGGCAUUAAACUACCAGACCCCUGACAAGUCAAUGCAGUUGAAUCAAGGUCGUUUCCUCAUGAACGGAAGGUCUGGCUAUGUCCUCCAACCAUCAGUUAUGAGAAGUGAUUUGUACAGUCCUUAUGAAAAGAAGUUUUUAUCUGCACUGAAUGUUGAGCCUUUGACUCUCACUAUCAAUAUCAUGGGUGCUAGACAUUUAGUGAAACAGGGUCGUGGUGUAGCCAGUCCAUAUGUGGAAAUUGAAAUUGUUGGCAUGGAAUGUGAUAAUCAAAAGUAUAAAACAGCCCCACACGUGGACAAUGGUUUGAAUCCUAUCUGGUCAGACUCGUGCGUGUUUGAUAUACUAUGUCCUGAGUUAGCUCUCAUCAGAUUUGCUGUGAUGGAUGAAGAUAUAUUUGGUGACCCCAACUUCUUGGGUCAGGCCACAUACCCAGUGCCAUGUAUAAAAUCAGGCUACAGAGCUGUGCAGCUGUGUAAUGGCUACUCUGAAAAACUUGAGUUGGCUUCACUUCUUGUCUAUGUGGAAAUGAGAAACCCUAAGGAAGGAGAAGAAUCUGACAUCUAUGCCAGCAUACAAGAGUUGAAGGAAGAAUCUGACAAGUUGGCAGCAGAGCUUGAAACACUGGAGAUCAGGGGAGACAGGGAGCAUGCGAAUGUGGUGAAGAAAGAGCUGCAGGAGACACAGGAACGUCUGCUGGCCAAACACCAGGAGAGGCAGUUGAGAAAGUGUGGGUCAAGGCAUCAAGUCAAAUACAUUCGUCAAUCCAACGCUUGAUGGUCCUCAUGGAGUUCAGACUAGUCCAGUCAGUGUUGAUUAAAGCUUACAAUGUUGCUUUACAGAGAUCACUAACAAAGUGAACUAACCUGGAUGUAUUAGAGCUUUGUUACAUUUGUUAUGCCAUUGAAAGAUUAUUUUUUUGUUGAUAGAAUUAUUAUAUAUAACUGAUGAUGUUAAAAUUCGCCCAGCUUGAAGUGAAUGUGUUUUGUUUUUUUUAUUUUUCAUCUUUGUUGUUGCUAAAAGUGUAAUAAGUUUGUUUUUUGUUUUUUUUUUGCUACUUAUGCCACUAGACUGAAUGCAGUGGAUAGGAUUAAGCUCAAUGCUGGACUAUGCAGUGUUGGUUACUGUGCGCAUCAUUUCAUGAUUAACUUGGAAGAGAACUUGAGAGCAAAUAGUUUCCAUCUCCUGGGAAGUCAGAAGUUUUGCUUGCACAAAAAAGAAUUUAAGCUUGAACUCUUUUGGUUUGAUUUUGGUAUUCGUUAUCAGCUUUCAAUUUUUUUUAGUUCCAACUUUUUAAAAUUAUUCAAAUUUAAAGUUAUAUUUUUUCUAAGUCUGCUUUCAUUUUCUUAUAAGAUCUUCGUACAGAUUUAAUCAUGCGCUUUAUUUAAAUAUAGAAAAAUUUCAAAUCUUUUUGAGUUAGUCAUUUAUUUUUAUAUUGAAAGCUCUCUUUGUUAUAUUGAAAGCUCUCUUUGUUAUAUUGAAAGCUUUCUUUGUCUUGAAGAUGUCUAUAAUAUCUCUUUCAAAUAAUGGUAUGCUGAAACCAAUACAAGUUCUACAGAUGUAUGUUGGAUAGUAAAUAUAAUGAGAUGAUGGGUUGGGGAGGGGGUGUUGCAUCAGCAUAGUGUUGGUUUGAUUGUGUGAUGUGAUUACUUGAAAUGUUUUCUAAAAAGAGCAUGUUUCUAUUAUUUUGGAGUGCUGUGCAUAUGUAGUGUAUACUUAGAAUCAUUGCUUGUUGAGUAAACAUAAUACUUGUGAUAAGAUAAACAUUUGAUUGUUCAUUAACUCCCUUUUUUUUUUUAUAAGUGUGUCUGAUAGACACCUUCUCUUGACCAUUAUGUAUGUAUACAAGUGACAUGAUGAUAUCAUAGUUUACACUAGUUCAGAUAUUAAUCAGAAAUGUAUUUUUAGAUAAGCAGAUCACAUGAACAGAAAGAAAUAGAAUGCUCUCACGUUUAUUGUAUUUAAGUUACGUAUUCUGUACAAAUUUAACCAUACACUAAUAAUGUUUUCCUAUUAUGCUAAGAAAUAAACAACAACUAUGAUAGAUUUGUUUUGCUCUGACACUCUUCUACACAAUGUAUUUCAACCAGACUCAUUUCAAAGUCUGGAUUCUGAAAUUCUUUUUCCAGUUUUGUAUUUUUUUGUAAUAUUGGAAAGUUGCAGAAUUUUCAUGGACUUCUUGAAAACUUGGGGAUUGAGUGACAAUCCCUUAGCAUUCAUGUCAUGUUCUGAACAAAUAAUUAACAAAAGAAAGAGGACAUGGUAGAUUAGUGGUAGAGUGAUUGGUUGUACAGCUGAUUGUUUUGAACCGGUUCAAACCUUGUUGGAGUUAUUUGGGUUCUAUUUCUUUUCAAGCAAGUCAUCAUCAUUGAAUUUUUUGUUGUUGAUAUUUUUGAUGUUGUUACAGUAUGAUCACGACUAUAAGAUCAUGACAAUGUGUCUGGAGGGUCAUGACCAUGUAUCUUUUUCUGUCAUGAUUCUAAUGUCCUGUCAAGUUGCCAUUUUUCCCAUAUGGGUCCUAACUACUUCAAUUCAUAUAUUGAUGUUAUGUGUACUCUGUGAUGUCUACAUUAUAGAGGUUUGUGCAAUUCACUUAGUGCUAGUAUUAUAUGCAGUUGUUAGUUCUUGCCAGACUGGCAGUCCAAUGAGUAUUAAUAGACAUUCUCAUUUAGAAGUAUUGCACUAUUGCUAACACUAAUAAACCAACCAAAAUAUUUGCAUGCAAAGAUCACCGUGGUGCUCAGGGUGUAAAUGCAUACAAUACAUUAUCACCUUUCUCUUGUAAAUUGUUAAGACAUUGGAAUACCAGAUGCUCUCAGAGAUGUUAAUCAAAAAUUAUAUUUUCAUUGCCAUAUAGAGUUGUUGUUUUUUAAUCUUAUUAUUACUGUACAUAUAUUUGUUGUGGUCAAUUUUUUGUUUGCUCUUAAGAUUUCUUGUUGCAAAUAUUAAUGACACUUUUAUUAUUAAAAAUAUCUAUCAGGAUUACUAUUGACACUAUUAAUAUUAAAGACUUAAUACAUACUUGUUGUAUAUGACAUGUGGCCUAAGUAUAAUUGUUUAAACUUGAUUAUUGCUGGAUGUUUUCUGUAACAUAACAUUGAAAGAGUUAAAUGUUCUAUAUCUAGGAUAAACUACACAGUUAUUGGCUGUUCUCCAUAGAGUUUGUUCUUGUGUAGUAUACUUCUAUACCAGUGCCGCGGCUCAUAGGUUUGUAUGGCUUGGUAUAGAAUUGAGAAACAAGGCUGAAUAAAUAUGAUGUUUAAUUCACUGGGGAAUUCUACAUUCCUGAGUUUGUAUUUUAUGUCUGUAUCUGGUGCAGUGGACACAAUGUGUUACCUCAAGCUUCUUGGCAUAAAAUAUGUUUAGGGCGCAACUUUGCUUACAUGGAGAUAUGUGAAUCUUUUUAGCUGGUCUUUGGUCCAGCCACACUAUAUGUGGCUUUAGGAUUAUCAACUAGCUUUCAUUAGCCGCUGAUUUCCUUUUCCCUUUCUUACCUAUAUCACAGCCUCAUCAUCAGCUUUCAAAAGAGUAACUUGACGCAUCUUUUGAUGAUUUUCAUAGUGAUAAAAUAAAAGCCAAUCUAUGCCUUUGUUAUUUUGACUUUGCAUAUUUUGUGAAUAAAUGUUGCUGCCCAGCAUAUUACUCCCCCUUCAAACAUGUCUUUGAUAUGAUUUUACUUUAUUCAUAAGUAACAUGUUAAUUUGUGUAUGUAUAAUAUAUAUAUAAUAGCCAACAAAGAGUGAGAGCAUUUUAUUAUAAAGUUUUUUUAUUUUGACAUUUACAAAUUUAUCUGGUAAUGAAGAAUAGAAGCAUUGGAAACUAUACUUUACACAUAAGGACCUAAACUUGGAAACUAUACUUUACACAUAAGGACCUAAACUUGGAAACUAUACUUUACACAUAAGGACCUAAACUUGGAAACUAUACUUUACACAUAAGGACCUAAACUUGGAAACUAUACUUUACACAUAAGGACCUAAACUUGGAAACUAUACUUUACACACAAGGACCUAAACUUGGAAACUAUACUUUACACAUAAGGAUCUAAACCUAACAGAACAUUUACAAAAGAUUAUAGAUUUCUUUCCUUUGUUGUGACUGUAUGUAUAAGGUCAUUUUAUGGUUGUAUAUGUGUGUUUGUUUCAGUUACAGCCGAGGGUCAUUGUUGUCUAAGUAAUUGAUAAUAAGCCUCUCCCAUUCUGUAAUGCAUGAACUUCUGUCGACAAAGCCAUAUGUUCAGUUUAGUGAGAAUUCUGCCAGCAAUGUCACCGUUGUCAUUCUUAAUUUGUAUCUAUGGCAAUCAAGAGCUUGCAGAUAUGAACAAAUAUAUCAAUAAGCAAUUAGUACUGUAUAAUUACCAUGAUUAGAGUUGAUGAGUGUAUUCAUACAGUAUUGUUUUUACUGUGUACAUUUUUCUUUGUGUACACAGAACUUCUGUAUGUACUUGGUAUUAAGUUUGUUGUAUAAAAAAAAAGUAUUGUCUAUGAUGGAGAUACACAUGGCUUUGUGAAUCAAAUUUUUUUUUGUAUGCAAAUGCUAAUUUCAGUAGUUGAAAAAAAUGCAGGUGUUGUCAAACCCUUAUUUUACUGUACCGGUAUUUCACUACAUUGACAUAAUUUAAUUUCUUAGAUAAGGUCGUUGUCACUUCUGUACAUGAUCUUAACCAAUUGCAAUAGUUUGUAGCAUUCAUAUUUCUGCCAUAAUUGUAGCUUUAUCAUGCAAAUUUCAAUUUAACAGUAUUUGAUCUAUUGAGCUUUAUUGAUAUACAGGUUAAACUUUUAUUCCGUUAUAAUGUAAUUGCACUACAGUUUCUAAAAAAACCUGGCAGAUGAUAUGAUAAGACACUUUUGUUUAUUCCUGAUGGAAGAGAAGUAAAUAUUUGUUGGUUGAACUCUUUUAGAUCUUAUAUUCAUUAACAAGAUUACUUGAUUGUGCUUUGGUAGUUAUCAGACAUAAAUAGAUAUUCCAUUCUCAAGUUUAUAGACAACAACAAAAAGUUGAUUGCCUUUUUAUAAAGUAACUGGUAGAAAGAGAGAUACUGCUGAGAAAUGUUUCCUGUAAAGAUUAGUUAAAUGAGAUGUAGUGUUUUCAACCAACUACUCUUCACUGACACCCCCCCCCCAAAAAAAAAAUUAGAGAUAUCACUUUGUAGGUGUGUGAUAGCCUUAGGCUGUUGACUGUUGUCUAAUACAAUUGUCUGUCUCUUUGUUUCCAAUACAAAAAGCACAAUAACAUAAAUAUUGAAAGAUAAUUUGUUAAAUGUCAAAGCUCUUCAUAAUAUUCAUUGAAUCACCAAAUUUUCAUUGUAACAGAAAGUUGUUAUUAUACUUUGUCUCUGACAUGUUUACAUCAAUUAUAACAAUCCUAUUACAAACUGUUCAAUAAGUAUGCAUUUGAGUCCAAUAGAGCUGUGACUUUUUGUUUUUGUAUUGGUUUUUUUUUUCUAAGAACGGAACAACAUUAAUUCCAUAUCAUGUAUUUAAAAUGUCAAGAAAUGUUCGCAGUGAGCAAUACUUUUACGUUUCUGAGGCUUUUUUUUUACAUCUAGAACUCAACCCAUAUACAAGAAAUGUACAUCUUAAUUAGCUGAAAUAUAUUCAUGAUGGUAUAAGAUGGUAACUUAACAGCAGUGCUGAAAUUCAAAUGCUUUCUGCUAAUGCUGCUAUUAUUUUCCCCCCCCCCCCCCCUUUUAACACCUAGAACAAUCAUGUUUUCUAUAUAAAUGUCAGCUAUGAAUCUUCAUCUGGUGUAUUCACAACAUCGUACAUUUUUUGUCAUUAAUUAGCAUACAUGUUCUCUGAUUGCGUUUGUCUUUAAUAUUUUCUUGUAGAAUUUUUAUUCUUUUCCUUAUCAAUGUGACCCAUUAGAGUGAAAAGUAAUUGUACUUGAAAUCAGAGACUAUGAAUUAAGGUCUGAUUGCUUCAAUUUUGUAUCUGUUUGAUGAUUUAGCUGAUUUCCUGAUUAAGAGAAUCUAUUUAAUUUUUUUUUUCAUUAUAGAAACAGUGUAUGGAUUGACAUAGUACUUUUUUUCUUUUACCUUUGACACAAACAGUGAAAACUAUAGUAUUAUAUUAUAGGAAAAGAAAGACAACCAGCCAAAAGAGUUGGGUUUUUUCCUAAAUUUUAUUUCUGAAAAUUAUUUUAAAACAUUCUUAAAAUGUUUAUGGAAAAAAAAACAUGACUAUAUAAUAUAUAUAUUUACACAUAAUUUAGAAUAUAUAAGAUAUAAUUUAGAACUCAGUGUAGAUAUCUAUUUUAAAUAAAAAUCAAAAACAUAAUUUAGUAAAACACAUUUUAAAAUCAGUUUGCUAGAAUGAACAUAUAUAUGUGUACAAGAAAUUUCUUUUCAAGAGACUACAAAAUGGUGACAUAAUUUAGGUCAACUAAAUAUAUACAAUUUCAACUGAAAUUAAAA